AUUUCAUGUUAAUUUUAUCUCAUCACGAAAUGGUUUAGCUUAGCCCAUGUUACCUACUGUUCUUUCCUUCUUCCCUGUCGCCAUCGUUUUAUGUAUCUAGGAUGUGCCAACAUUCUUUAUCAAUCAAUUAUUUAAGACAUGGUGAUCAUUAUCCUGGACAUAUCAAAGGUUAUGACCACGUGAUUUCAUAUACUCUUGUUCGGGUGGUGUAUAACAACAUUGGCCAAGGUCUUCAAGAGAAGUGGUAUGCACAUAUUUCACUUCUUUGUACUUCUGGCAUUGAAGUUGCAUAUACCUAUGUUUCUAAACCUGGUCACGUUUUUAAUAAAGUGAAAAAGAGCCUAUUUUCGUACCAAGUAAUUGUUUUAAUAGCCUGGUGGCAGUGAGAGCCUCCAUCCCCUUACUGUUGACCUUUCAUUGCAAAUUUCUGUCGAUAUAUAAAUAUAUAUCGUGU